AUGGCCGCCGCCAUCACCAGCUGGGUGCUCAACCCAAUCCAAUCUUUGACUUUGACAAUGUCUCGACCGCGUACUCGCAAGUUAUGGUGCACUUUAUCCAAUGAUCUUCAGCAGUCAUUCCAUAUGGAGUGUGUUGCAGACCAAGAUGAUAUCGACACUCUCAGGAAGAAAAUCUGGGAAGAGAUAAAAGAAGAAUCCAAGAAUACAGCAGCCCGCAACCUCAAGCUCUACUGCCCUGUUGUGCAACUCAAUUAUGAAGAGGAGUUUGAUGUGAAAAAUGGUGAAUUCCUACAUCCACGCCGAAUGAUCACGUCCAACCCACUCUUCCCCGAAAGCAAGGAUCCAAAUGUGGAUAUUGUUGUUGUUGUUGUUGUGAGCGGAGAUACCACUACACGGAAACGGAAGCGCUCUGAAUCACAAGCGAAUAUACCUCGGACACUGCCCAUCGCAGAGCAUCAGUUGAUAUGCCCUCGAGAGCGUACAGUGUCAAAACUUGCAGCCAUUUUGGAUGACAUGAACAUAGUCCAUGUGCGUGGAACUCCAGCCAGUGGGAAAACACGUCUCUCUGAACUCUUGAGAGACUACUAUCGCAAAGAGGGAAGGAAGGUUUCCUUGAUCAAAAGAUGGGAAGGACUCAAUUUUAAGAAUCCUUGGGGCAGUCUUGUCAAGCUUGUUGAGAAAUGGAAUGAUGAAGCACAAGACGCUCCCACCACAACUUCACAAUCAGAACAGGAUCUCUCUUGGGUUUUGACAUCAAACACUGUCAUUAUUGUGGAUGAGGCACAGAUGACCUACAAUGAUGAUACGCUCUGGAACACAAUCCUCAAAGAGAGACAAAAUCCUAAUGUUUAUUAUAAAUUUCAACUAUGCCUUUUCUGCUCUUACGGCAGUCCAGCAGCAGGCCCAGAUCAAACAUUCUUCACUCCAGUCAAGCUUUCUAACCGACAACGCAUCUCAUUGACACCACAAAGCCAGCAAAACUCACCACCUAUUGGCUUAUUUUAUGACAAAGAAGAGUUCAAGGAUGUCAUUUCACGAAUGCUUACAUUCCAAUAUGAAGAGAGGUUCAAUUUUGAUGAAGGUGCCCUGGAGUAUAUAUUUGCACUAUCAAAUGGCCAUCCAGGAGCGGUGACUUCAAUAGUUGAUGUACUUUACGAGGCCUAUCGCCAAGACAUCAAGCAUGGACAUAUUAGGACCUUGACAGAAGAUCAUGUCAUCUGGUUCCUGGAAGACGCUGCCACAGUCUUUGACAAACUAAGCACCCGGCCAAUUUAUCGCUCCUUUCCAGAUAUACCAAGAGCUACAAAUGGAAUCUCCAACACGUUGUGCAAAAUCACAGAAGAAGGAAGUAUUCCAUUUGAUAUCAAUGAUGCAAGCAUCAAUUUCUGUUAUCAGAAAGGUUGGAUUCACAGGGUAGCUCUGGAUGGUGAUGAUAUUGCAGUUCUGCCAUCACGCUUACAUGAAAAGUAA